GUCACCACCAUUAUCCUCCCUUUGCCCAGGACACACGAUCAGUUCCGAAGUGUGCGUUUCCGCGGUUGUAGUUGAUACCGACGCUCGUUGGUGCGUUUCGGUCAAUCAUUCUACGGACGCCGUCGCGGUUAGGUUCUACUUUCGGUCUCGUUCAAACGUACCAUUGCCGCCAUUUCGCUGUACGUCGGUGGCCACACUUCUCGUCUAGUGAUGAAUUUGAGUUGAGCAAAUUUUUGACACAGUUACGACAACCGAAAUUCUUCGUUGUGUAUAGCAGCAUACGUAACCGUGUUCCCGUGUAAAAGGUGUUAGUGAACGAACAUUUAGUCCAAAAAAAAGAGCAACAUUAAAUCGAUUCUAAUGAGUGCGUGUAACAUAAUCAAGCAACGUGUGGGAGAGGCAAUGAGAUGGAAAAAUAAGUAAAAAUUAAGUACAGUCGGCCAAUAGUUUGUCUGCAACAGAGCUACACCGGCUUAAUCUUGGCCAUUUUUGCUGCUGUCUGUUAAAUACGCCGACGUGCUUGCAGCGUUUCAUGACGUACAAUUGCGUACAUUGCGAAUGACAUUUAUUUGUGAUUUUUUUUUCGGUUUGUUUUGUUAUUUGUGGCACAUGGGAAAGUAUAUUUAGAAGAUCGUGUCGGGGUUGUGUACGAGAUGCGUAAAGUGUGCACUGUGUUGUUGACUGACCUUGAAUGAUCCUGCUGUCAUGCGUGCAAGUGCAGCGGCAUAGUAAGCUGUGAUACAUCAGUAAAACGCAGCAUGCAUCAAUUUUUCCUUACUUGCUGAUGCGUAACAAGGCAAGAAAAACGCCCGGUUUUUGGACGGUGGUACAAAUUACAGCAGAAGCGUUUUUGUAGUAAAAAGUGAAGUUAAAACUACGACCGGAAGAACUUAUUUAUCCAGCACCAAGCGAGACAAUUCAUCUGCGUCUUUGUACAGCGACAAAGAAACGUUGCGUCUCAACUACCACAACAGCGUUAGCAUUGCGUAUGGUAAAGAAAACGAACGAUAGCUCGGUGAAGUAAAGAGGAAUUCGAAUCCCUUUUGAUUAUUAUGUUUUUGUCUGUUGUGUGUUGCUGCGCAAAAAUCUGAUGCAAACCUCAUUUUGUAAUAUAUUCGGAAGCAGUCGUGCGUGUGGCUAUGUGUGCGUAUUAGACGGUGUUGUGCAGAAGCAACGUUUUUGGGGAUCGUUUCAAUCCGGUACCGGUUACCAAGGAUACGAACAAGGACAGAUUUGACAGUUUCAACGCGUUGCUUGGUUGCCGGUUGUGCGUUGUGAGAUUUGCAGUUGAUGGUGAAACGUUCUCACGUGAGAACCGGUCAGUGAAUAGCAAACGAAGUGUAUUGCGAUCUUGAGAACGAUAGUUUCACGUGUCGUUUUUAUGUUACAAACCACGCAACAUUCGGCCGCUGACACGGAGAAAGCCACCGUUUAUCAGCUGGCCAACGGUAACCACACGAACGGUGACAUCGGCAAAGUGAGAUCUUCAACAGCAGCCGCCCGGAAACGCAACAUGCUCGUGAAGGAGUUUUGCAACCGGCGGUGCAUCCUCACAUCGUCCGGAUUGCUUCUUGUCGCCAGCGGGACUUUCUUCAUUCUGUUUUUCCCUAUCAUCUUUCAGGAUAUACUGCAAGAGGAGCUUAAACUACGGCCUGGCUCGCGUAGUUACGAUUCCUGGGUAUCGCCACCCUUUCCACUCGCAAUGGACGUGUACUUUUUCAACUGGACCAAUCCGGAGGGCAUUACGAACCACUCGACGAAACCGAUCCUGGAAGAGUUGGGUCCGUAUCGUUUUAUCGAACAUCCGACUAAGGUGGAUAUAGAGUGGCACGAUCAGAAUUCCACCGUAAGCUAUCGGAAGAAGAGCCUCUAUUACUUCGACGAGGAGGGCAGCAACGGAAGCUUAGAUGAUGUGAUAAGCAGCAUUAACAUUGUGGCCGUGUCUGCAGCAAAACGAUCCAAAUAUUGGGGAUAUCUCAAGCAGAAAGGCGUCUCGUUGGGGUUGAACGUAUACGAACAGAAGAUAAACGUGGUUAAAACGGCGGGCGAGCUGCUGUUCGACGGGUACGAGGACAAUAUGGUACUGAUGGGAAAGCACAUGUUCGACGCCGACGAAGUGCCGUUCGAUCGUGUCGGGUGGUUCUACACGCGUAACAAUUCUGCCGACCUGAUCGGUCACUAUAAUAUUCAUACCGGUGUUGAGGAUAUUGCCAUGCUUGGUAAAAUGGGCGAAUGGAACUACAAACCGCGGACAAACUUCUUCGAAGGAAAUUGUGGCAUGUUGAACGGUUCGGCCGGUGAAUUUUUCCCACCCGGACUUUCGAAGGAACAGCCGAUCGAACUGUUUACACCCGACAUGUGCCGUAGCUUGCCGCUCGAUUUCGAGGAAGAGGUUACCAUCCAUGGACAGAAAGCGUACAAGUAUUCCGGCGAUCGACGGGCGAUCGAUAAUGGAACACUUUAUCCUGAGACGGCCUGCUUCAGUGCUGGUGAGAUCGUACCGUCAGGGGUGCUAAACAUUUCGUCCUGUCGCUUCGGUACGCCCGUGUUCGUAUCCUUUCCCCACUACUAUGGAGCUGAUCCGUUCUAUUUGGAUCAGGUCGAAGGAUUGAGCCCAUCGAAGGAGAAACAUCAAUUCUAUAUGUCACUAGAACCGACCACUUCCGUUCCUCUGGAUGUUGCCGCACGGUUGCAGCUUAACAUUAUGAUUGAACCAUACGAGAAUAUCAAUCUCUUUUCCGACGUGCAACGAGUCUUCCUGCCCGUUCUGUGGUUUGAGCAGCACGUUCUUAUGCCGGCCGAACUGGCGGGAGAAAUUGGCCAGGCCCUUACCAUCCCAUCGAUCGUUCGGCUUUGCGGUAUCGUAAUGGUGGUGUUCGGUGUCGUGAUGCUUCUCUGGAUGCCACUGGAGCACAUGUUCUUCCGUCGACGCCGUGUUGCCGGUACGAUCGGCAUCAAAGAACAGGCAGCACUCAACGGUGUCCGUUCGUUUAAUCUUACCACCGAAAAGGGUUUGCUAGCGUCGUCGGAAAAGAAAAACGGCAAAACAACGACGACAGCCACCGCUAUCGUGCUUGUGGACAAGCUGCUUGAAAAGCCCGAAAAGCAACCACUAGCGGACAGUACGCAGACAUCGCCAGCCGAGCCGGAAAGUGCUCCACUGAUCGAUGGUAGAAAUGUGAUCAUUAUUAAUUCAUGAAACCAUAAGGUGCCUCCGAUACGAUAGCGUCAACUCUUGAGGUUAACUGGUCAACACCAGGAACACUGCGAACAUGCUGAGCAAAUACGUUUGCCAGGGUGCAUUUAUUCAACAAGGGGACAACGUCCACUGCUGUUACUGUGAGAUUUCUAGUGUGUGGUACUGUAUCGCGUCUUGAAAACGAUGCGUGAUCAGAAGUGACUGAAUAAUCGGUGCUUGUAAGAUGUGUUGGUAGUGCCACCCUAACUGAAAGCAAUUCCCCAAAGUGAUAGAAAUCGUGUAGUGCGUGACAAUCGCAAGGACAAUGUUUAUUCUCGUAAGCUAUCUCCUCCAGUGUUGUCCGGCGUACGAGUGCCAA